AUGUCUAAUCACAGUGAAGAAGUUGAUAAACCUUUAUUAUCAUCUAUUGAUGGUAUUAAUCAGCAACCACAACAACAACAGCCACAACAACAACAAAGAGAUUCAAUAGAUUCAAAUUUAUCUAAUUAUUCAGAUGAUGAAAAAGAACCAUUAAUUUAUAAUGAAAAAGAAGUAUCAGAAGAAUAUAUUGAUGAAAAAAAAGAUAAAAUUGAUUUAGAAGCAAAUAAAUUAAAACAAUCAAAAUCAAAAAAAUGUUUGACCACAAUUAGAUUGAUUAAUGGUAUAUUUAUUUUGGGUUUUUUAACUUAUUUAUUAUGUUCAAUUUUCAAUAUUCAAUUAUUUAAACAAAAUAAAAUAGAAGAAGCAUUUAUUACAUCACCAGAAUCAAUUAUUGAAUCAAUGCAAGGUAGUAAGAUUAAACAUCCUCAUCAAUAUUUACUUAAUUUAAUGAGUAUUGCCCAAACUGAACCACAAGAAUCAAACGAAGUAUUAGAUUCAAAACCAAAAGAAAUUAUUGAAGUUUCAAAUCCUUUUAUUCCAAGUCCAAGAUUAGGUAAAUCAGUUUAUAAAACUGUAUUAUUAAAUCAUUCAUUUGGUAAUUCUUAUGGUCAUCCAAAAAUUGAAAAAUUUUCAAUUCCUGAAAAUAUUACUUUUAAUUCAGUUGUAUUAAAUUUAUUAACAGAAGUUGAUGGUGUACAAUAUGAUAGAUUGGCUAAUAUUUUUAUUAAUGGUAUACAAAUUUGGAGAACUUCAACAAUUGAACCAAGUGGUAGAAAAGUAUUUUCAAUUUUUAAUAAAGAUGUUACUAAAUAUGCUAAAUUAUUUAGUGGUGAAGAUAAUGAAAUUUUAUUUGAAUUAAAUAAUAUUGUUAAUAAUAAAUAUACUGGUUCAAUUAAUGUUACUUUAGCUGCUGAAUUUUUCAAUGUUGAAAAAAAACAUCAUAAAGAUCAUGAAGAACACGAAGGUCACAAAGAACAUGAAGGUAACAAAGAACAUAAAGGUCACAAAGAACAUCUUGAUCUCCCAUCAUUGGAAAUGGAAAAAUCAAAAUUAGGUUGUAAUGGUGCCAAAAAACAUAGUUCACAUUCAUUUGCUAAGUUCGCAAAAGCUCUUGGUUGGAAUGAACAUAAACCAAAAAAUAAUUACAAGAGAUCAGAAGUGGAUUCAGAUUCAGAUUCAGACUAUGAUUCAGAUUCAGAUUCAGAGGAUGAUAAAUCUUUAAAAACUAAUGAAAGAAAAUUUGGAUUUAGAAAAGGUGGUGUUGUUCAUGUCAAUGAGGAUGAUAAAUCUUUAAAAACUAAUGAAAGAAAAUUUGGAUUUAGAAAAGGUGGUGUUGUUCAUGUCAACGAAGAUGAUAAAAAACCUGAAAAAUCUCAUCAUAGUAAAAAACCUGAUCAUACUUCACAUUCAAAAAAACAUCAUCCAACUCAUCCUCCUCAUGAAAAACCUCCUCAUCAUAAACCACCUCACCACAAACCACCUCAUCAUAAACCUCCUCACCACAAACCUCCUCACCACAAACCUCCUCACGAGCCUCCACAUCAUAAACCACCACAUCAUUUACCACCGCCACCUCAUCACAAGCCACCUCAUGAUGGUAAACCUCCACACCAUUAUGCUCCACCACAUAAAGAUGGUUACUUAUUUAAAAUCAUGAGACCAGCAGAUUCAAUUCAUUCAUUAGUAUCAAGUAAAAAAGAUGAAGCAGCAAUUGAAUAUCUUUCAACUGAAAGACUUCAAGUUAAAUUACCAUCAGUUCCAAAAAAUACAACAAGAUUACAAUUAUCAGUUUUCACUUCAGGUAACGCAGCUGAAGAAUUUUGGUAUACCAAUGUUAUUGACAGCUUUAAGGAUAUUUUUGAAGAUGAUGGAAAUUCAUUCAUUGGUAAAGGUCCUUUGAGAAUUUUGAAUGUUUAUCUUAAUGGUGAAAAAAUUGUUUCUCAAACUCCAGAACCUGUUAUUUUUACUGGUGGUAUAUCUCCAGCAUUAUGGAAUCCAGUUGUAUCCAAUUCAGCUUUUGAUGUUCCAGCUAUUAAUGUUGAUGUCACUCCAAUUUUACCAUUAAUUUGGGAACAUCAAUAUAAAGGUGAUCAAAUUUUGGAAAUUGAAAUUAGUAAUGGGUUAGGUGAAGUUGGUCUUUCAAAUACUACAUCAGUAAAUCAAAAUUGGAUUACUUCUGCUAAUUUAUUAGGUUAUGAAAAUGCUGAUGUUGUUGAUUCUUCAGGUGAAUUAAUCAGUGUUGAUCAUAAUAAUAGAGCUAGUGUAAUUCCAAUUGCAAUUCCUUUUACUCAUUCAUUCCAACAAAUAGUUAAUGGUAUAUUUAGUGCUGAAAUUGUUAGUAAUUUAGUGUUUAAUUUGAAAAACAACGAUACUUUGAAUACUACAUUCAGUUCAUAUUCAAAAGGUGAAAUUUCAAAUAUUCAAAAUUAUAGACAAGAUGGUAAUGUACAAGCUUUAGUUCAUGUUGGUCAUUCAGCAAGCUCGUUUAUUAUUCAAGACAAUGAUUUACCAGAACAUCCAGAACCAAAAGGAUCAGGAGAAGAAAAACACCAUAAGAAACAUGGAAAACUUCCUUUUAAUACUAUCCAUCAAGUUGAUACCUCAUUAAGUUACCCAUUAAUUUUGAAAACUAAUAUUGUCCAAAAAGAAAUUACUGAUAAUGAUUAUGAUAUUGAAUUUGAUGUAAAUAUUGUUGAUGUUAAAACACUCGCAAUGCAUUUUGAUGGUCACAGAGGUGGUAUCUUCAUUGAUAAAGCUCAAAAUGGUAGUUCAACAUUCGUCAUCUCCAACAAAGGUAAUCAUGGAUUUGGUAGUUUAACUUCGAAAUUCAAGGAAAAAAUUCAUUUUGGUAAAUUUAACAAAGGAUUACGUAGAAGAGUCGAUGCAGUUAAUGGUACAAUUGUUAAUGAAUCUUUAACUUUAGAUCCAGAUGAACCAGAAAAACAUUCAAAAGGUAAACAUCAUUUUGGUAAACAUCAUGGUAAACAUGGUAAGCAUGGUAAACAUGGUAAAGAUAGAAAAGAUGCUAGAGACGCUCAACGUGGUGAACAUGAUGGACCUGAAAGACAUCAUAAACCAUCAUUUUUUAAAAGAAUCUUCAAACAUUGUGGUGCUGGUCACAGAAAAGUUCAAUCGAAAUAUGAAAAAGUUUUUGAAGUGUUACAUAAAAGUCCAUAUAGACAAUAUCCAAGAAUAGUAGCUAUUGAAAUUAUGAAUAAUAUAUCAGAUUUCCAAAAUGAAAAAAUAAAUCUUCAUAAAUGGUUGAAAUUUAAUGUUCCUUAUUUAAUGGGAUUUACUGAAUAUUUUAGAGAUAUUACUAAUUAA